AUGGUCGAGCCAAAAAACGAAGAGAUACAACAAAAAGAACAAGACAGUCUUUCUCCAGCACCGGCCGAUGAAAGCGACAGCAUUAUCACAGCGCACAGUUUCCUCAUCGCGCAAGCCGACCUCGAGCGCGAAGCAGCCGAGCUCCUACCCGGAAAGUUCGACACGUGCACCUUCGACCAAGGCUACAUCCACCAGCCGCUUUACGCCUGCCUCACAUGCACCCAUGCGCCCAAGCAAUACCAACAGCCAUCUGUCGGCACAACACCACACAGCAGCAGUGAGCGUGAAGAGACUGACCCUGCCGGAAUGUGCUACUCGUGCAGUAUCGAGUGCCAUGCAGGCCACCAGGUCAUUGAGCUGUUCACAAAACGGCACUUUCGGUGCGACUGCGGCACAAAGAGACUAGCGGCAGCAACGGGGCUUUGUUGUCGCUUAAAGAGCGGGCGCAAUGCGCUGGUGGGCAUUUUGAACGAGCAGAAUGCAUACGGACAUAAUUUCUGGGGCCACUAUUGUCGCUGCGACAAAUACUACGAUGCCGAGAAGGAAGUUGCGGCCAUGGUGCAGUGCUACGUGUGCAGCGACUGCGAGAACGACUUCGACGCCUACAUGUGCAGAGAGUGGUGGCCACCCACGCUGCGCGUGGCAGCACCAGCAGCAGCAGCACCACCAGCAGCACCAGCACCAGCACUAGCCGGCGAGGAUGAUGUGUCCGGUGAAGAGAAUGGCAACAGCAGCACCAAGGUUAUUGUACCCGACAGCGCCCAGCAGGAUGACACCAAGCUGGACGACAUCCCCGAACCAGCGCACAAACGACCGCGACAGACGCUCUGCCGCCUGCGCCAGGACAAGGCCGCGAUCGACGCUCAACAGCCAUCCGACCUGUUCCUAUCGGACGGCUGGAAAGGCGACAUCUGCACGUGCCUGGAGUGCAUGCGCUCGAUCGAAACAAGCGGGCUGAGUUUUCUUUUAGGCAAGGAUGAUAUUGUUGAGCCCGAGGAGGACGACACACGCGGUGAAUCGUUGUAUGAGGCAGCAAUGGCACAGAUGGCGCGCAUGGACCGCACACAGGCUGUUAACGCGGCGGCCGCCUACCAUACGCUCAGCAGCCGCCUGAAGGACUAUCUGCGGCCGUUCGCGGCGUCCGGAAAAGUCGUCACAGAUGCUGAUAUUGGCGCGUUUUUCGCGCAGCAACAAAGAUGA